UUCUGGCCGCCGUGGGCGGGCCGGGACCGGAAGCAGCGGCGGCCGUGGAGGUGCGGGGACCGCGGGGUCGGCCAUGGCUGUGAACCUGAGCCGGAAUGGGCCGGCGCUGCAGGACGCCUACAUGCGAGUGGUCGACGAGAAGUCCCCGACCGACUGGGCCCUCUUUACCUACGAAGGCAACAGCAAUGACAUUCGUGUGGCCGGCACCGGUGAGGGGGGCCUGGAGGAGAUGGCAGAGGAGCUCAACAGCGGGAAGGUCAUGUACGCCUUCUGCAGGGUGAAGGACCCCAACUCCGGCCUGCCCAAGUUCGUCCUCAUCAACUGGACGGGCGAGGGUGUGAAUGACGUGCGGAAGGGAGCUUGCGCCAACCACGUCAGCACCAUGGCCGGCUUCCUGAAGGGGGCCCACGUGACCAUCAACGCCAGGGCCGAGGAGGACGUGGAGCCCGAGUGCAUCAUGCAGAAGGUGGCCAGGGCCUCGGGCGCCAACUACGCCUUCCACAAGGAGAGUGGCCGAUUCCAGGACACCGGCCCCCAGGCCCCAGUGGGCUCCGUGUACCAGAAGACCAAUGCUGUGUCUGAGAUCAAGAGGGUUGGCAAGGACAGCUUCUGGGCCAAAGCAGAGAAGGAGGAGGAGAACCGCAGGCUGGAGGAGAAGCGGCGGGCGGAGGAGGAGCGGCGGCGGCUGGAGCAGGAGCGCCGGGAGCGGGAGCUGCGCGAGGCUGCCCUCCGGGAGCAGCGCUACCAGGAGCAGGGCGAGGCUGCCCAGAGCAGGAAGUUUGAGCAGCAUGAAGUGGCUUCGAGAAACCGCCAGGAGCAGGAGCCUGCCUGUCAGCUGCCAGCACACCCACGGGAGAUUUUCAAGCAGAAGGAGAGGGCCAUGUCCACCACCUCUAUCCCCAGCCCCCAGCCAGGCAAGCUGAGGAGCCCCUUCCUGCAGAAGCAGCUCACCCAGCCCGAGACCUCCCUCAGCAGAGAGUCAGCCCCUGCCGCCUCAAGGCCCGCGGCAGAUCUCCACGAGGAGCCGGUGCCCAGCGCCCCUCCGUGUCCUGUGCAGGUGGAGGAGGAGGAGGAGGCUGUGUACGAGGAGCCCCCAGAGCAGGAGACCCUCUACGAGGAGCCUCCAAUGGUGCAGCUGCAAGAGGCCAGUUCGGCACACGUUGACCACUACCCGGGGCUGAGUGGCAAAGGGCUCUGUGCCCGGGCCCUGUACGACUACCAGGCAGCCGACGAGACCGAGAUCUCCUUUGACCCUGAGAACCUCAUCACGGGCAUUGAAGUGAUUGACGAAGGCUGGUGGCGCGGCUACGGGCCCGACGGCCACUUUGGCAUGUUUCCUGCCAACUACGUGGAGCUCAUUGAGUAAAGACCCCAGUUGCUGGCGAAGCGAAGGGCUGUCCGUCUCCACCCAGACGGGGUCUCCUGGUUGCUGGAAGAGGUGGCGCAAGGAGUGUGUGCGGUGCUUUUCCAGGAAGGGGACCCCUGAUGCGGACGAGCCCUCGGGCUGCCUUUGGCUUGGGUGGCUCCGCCUCUGUUACCCCACAUGCAGCAAUAACCUGGUGAUCUCCACGUGUGCUUCCACCAGCUCCCCAGUCCUCCCAGACAGCCUGGCCCUUGACCCCCCUCAGCAGGGCACACUGAGCCAAGUCCUCCCCAGGGCCAGACCCCCAGGGACCUCUGCCCAAGAAGUACGGCACUGCUGUGCUGCGGGCUCUGAGCGGGGGCAUCCGGAGGCCGCCUCCUGCAUUUGCCUUCUCCUCCUUUCUCUCUUGGCUCUAAGGGUUGGUGGCGGUAGCUGUUAAUGACCCUUGGGAACAGUGAACUGAAGAGUUUAUGACCAAAGUUGGGGCAGGGAUCCACGACAGUUUGGGCAGCAGGUGUUUGCUUUCUGAACUCUAUCCUGUGCUCCCCAUUUCUCUGCCCCUCUGCCCGGGCGGUGGGCGGUGGGCAGUGGCGAUGGGAACGACCAGGCCCCCAUCUGUGUGUGCAAAGGAAGAGGUGAAAACAUCAACAGACACGACGUGGCCUUCCGUGUGGCUCACUCCUGUCUGCCGGCCCGUGUGCUGCUCAGUCCAUCUGGGUCAGGAACAGGUACCAUGGUGGCCGGUCCUGCUGUCUGCCUUAUUUCCGCCCCAGCCCAUCCUUACCUGCUUUUGGAGUCAGAAUUGCCCCACGCAGGCUCCAGCUCUGAUCCAUCCUGUUACAGCCUGAAUCCCCCACCACCACCCCGUGGAAACAACCCCCUUUCUGGUGUUGGGGGUAGGGGUGGGUGAGUCACCUGUGCAGGCUGACCCCUGGCCAGUGUUAGCCACCCUGAAGGGGCAUAAAGGUUAACGUGACUCAAA